CGAAAACAAAAAUAGGUCAACAACAGAGCAAUCAAAAUAAAAACGCGCGGGCGUUGUCGUUCCACAAAUCGGUCGCUAAUAAUCAUCAUAAUACGCAAAUAUUGCCUGACGCCAUCAUAAAGCAUAAGGCUGAGUCAGCCAUGUUGUCAAAAGCAAUUGUGAAUGGAUUUCCGCUGCCGGAAAUGCCAAUUGAUGAGCAACGAUUUCCGCAACAGAGGGCGCUGCUGUGCCACAGGCCACAGCCGCAAGCCCAAUGGCAGGUGCAGGUACAGCAUCAACAACAAGCGAGAUUUGCAAAGGCUGCGCCUGGAAAAUUUCCGCUGUGGCAUAUAGAUUCCGCACAUGCCACACCACAAUUUCCAGUGCAGCAGCAGCAGCAGCAAUAUGCAGCAGAUAUGCCGAACAGGAAUAAUACCCUAGCCAAUAUACCCAAACGAUUUCCCGGGCAAGUGAUUCACUUGCACAGAUUUCCUCUGCUAUGCCAAUUAACCAGGAGGAAUUUCAAUUAUGCAGCUCAAUCAAUAGGCACGUUGCCGGUGAGCAGACCAACCGUGUCUACGUCAAGGUCGACGAUGCUUAACGUAUUUCCCACAAUUAAAAAACAAUUUGUUAGCUUUACCAAUAAUCAGUUUGGCUGUAAGGAGCCGCAAAAUGCCAAUGGAAAUGAAAACGAGGCAGCAGCAACAACAACGUUGCGAGCGGAUGUGGUGCCCACACCAACAACACGAGCGACAACAGCAACAACAACAACAACAACAAUGACGCAGACGAGCCACAAUAUGAGCACUAAAAUAGACAUGCCUUUGCCUGUUGAUGCUGUCAAUGAUAAUGAUGAUGAUGCUCAUCAUCAUGAUGAUGUUGAUGAUGAUGAUGUACGGAUGGCGGCAUUUGAUAAUGAACUCAACGCUCGCGAGCAAACAUUAAACUUGAACGUGGAAGCCGAAGGCGUUGUCGUUGUCGUUGGCGAGCUAAAGGAAAUUGAGCAGCAACAGGCGGAAAAUUUUAAUGACGCCUUCGGGUGGCGACAUGACAAUAACAACAACAACAACAACAACAACAACAAUAGCGAUGGCGACGCCAUGAAUAUGGCCAAAAAUAAACGCAAAGUAUGCGAGCAAAGCAACAAAUUAGAGGCGACGGCAACAACAGCUCAUAAUGAGCUAAAUAUGACUAAAGAGCGGCAGUCAAUAUGCUUGCCCACUGAGCAGAAUCAAACAAUGGCCGUGCCAAACGCCUCCAAUCGACAGCAGCGCCAGUCAGACGCGCGCGAAUCGUCGUCAGAGCAAGUGGAUGGUCAGCAUCAGACGCCAUACGUAAUCAUCCCAACCGUAAACGAGUCAGCAGCGUCUAUAGAAUCCUUCAAGAGUGCGCUGCGCGUGUUGCUAGACGAGGGCCAGAAUCGUGCGUCGCGUUUGGAUCUCGAUUUGGUGGAUCUAUUGGUGCAGCUGAUUGAGCAGUUGAUUGUUGCGCCCACGAGAAGCACGGGUAACCUUUGGAGCAGCGAGCAGCAGCCGUCGGUUGAGCAGGUGGUCGGUGAAUGUGCGGACAUGACUCUGACCAAAGCGGUUGACGACAGUGAAACAACAGCCACAGCUGCUGACAUUUUUAGCGAGCAAAUCGAGCAGCCGCCAGCGGAGCUGGAUGAGAACAACAGCAACAACAGCAGCAGCAGCAACAGCAACAACAACGGCAACCAAGGAGGCGAGAUGAAGUAUGAGCUACUGAAGAGCACAGCUCGCCUGCCAGAAACUCCAUCGAGUCGUCUGUCCAGCACAGCAACAGUUGCUCCCGUCGUCGGGCUAACGAGUCGUAUACGUGAUGUGGCUGGAGCUGUGCCCACAGCAGCCACAUCGCGUCCGCUGCUGGGCGAUAUUAAGCGCAGCUCCACAUCACGUGACGACAUCUCAAUCGAUGUGGACUCUCUGCUGCCGGAGCGCACGCGUUUGCGACGCCAGCGACGCAUGCGCUCUCAGGAGUCGGUCGAGGAGAAGCCGGAGGAUGUAAUCGAGCGCCUGAACAAGCUGAAGGCGCGCAUUACGGGCGCUCUCAGCGAGGUCAAGGGCGUGCUUAAGCAGUACAGCACGGAGAGCGAAGCGGAGGCAGCCGGCGAGAAGUGGCUCGGACCGCCAGCGACAACGUCAGCGGCGGCGGCGGCGGCGACGGCAGAUACAGGUGCGGCGGCGGCGAUGGCAGAGACAGGUGCGGCGGCAGCGGAGUCGGUGCCAGUGCAAUUUCGUUUUAUAAAGAAAGUUCGCAGGCGCAGCUACUUUAACGAAGCAGACGAGGACAAGGAGCGGGAGCAGUUGCAAGCAAAUGAUGCAACUGCAAGCAAAGCGAUUGAGCAGCAGGCACAGGCCAAAGAAGAAACUGAUGCGGUCCUGGAGGAACUAAAAAAGCCAGCAGACGUAACUUCAGAGAGCAAAGCUAAUGAAAAACAGCAGCAGGAGCAGCAAAUAACAGCUGCCAGUGCAGAAAAUGCAAAAAUACAAGCCAAAUUGGAGUUCCUGGCAAAGGUGCAAAACGAACUCAAGUCAAAGCCAAAGGAAAAAGAGCCUGUCAAGGAGGCAGCCACCGCAGCAACAUCAGCCAAGGAGCAGCACAAGGAAGCAGCUACAACAGCAACAGCAAACCAGGAGCAGGCCCAGGAGAAGUCUAGCGAGGCAGCCACAGACGCAACAGACAUUCGAGAGCAAGCCAAGAAAGCAACAGCAAAAGUGGAGCAGCAACAAGAGACAGAAACAACAGCAACAGCUGUCGAAAUGCAGCCCAAGGAAGCGGAAGCAAUGGCCACGCCUGCUGCAUCAGUCAAAGAGCAGCUGCAGCAGCAGCCUGUGGAGGGCGUGGAGGCAAGCUCCACAACAGCAGCAGCACUGCCCGCAGAGUCGGCCACGCAGCCGGCAGAGACGUCCAAGAGCGCAACUAAAAAGAAAAUAAUUGUAAGGGUGAGGAAUCCACGUCGUGCAUCGAUUGCGGCCGUGGAGCCAUCCAAGAUUAAGCCGGAGCCCGUGCAGCUCGAUGCACUGAUACAAAGGCGACCCUCCGAUUCGGAAGCGAUUGUCAAGCGCAAGAAGAAGCAGAGAUUAAUGAGCAGCGCAACAGCAGCAGCAGCAGCAACAGCAACAGCAACAACUUCCGGCAGCAAUCAGAGCUCGGCGACUGCAGCUCGGCCACAACUGCAACAGGCGACAACGACAACAAAUGAACAACUUGUAACUGCAGAGGUCAACAACAACAGCCAUGCAGACACUGCCAAAAGCGCAACGAAGCCAACUGCCAAAAGCGGCGAUACGCUGCCAGGAGCAGGGGCGACAGCAGCAAUCGAGGCGACAGCAGCAGCAGCAAUAUCGCAAGCGGCGCCAAAACAAUUGCCAAUCGAUGGCUGCGACAGCAAUCGAGCAACAGACAUCGAGCAAAGCAGACGGAACAGCCUCAAACUAGCCGAAUUGGUGGGUGAAACGGUGCUGGUGGUGCCAGCAGCAACAGCAGCAACAGCAGCAGAAGCAACAUCAACAAUAACAGCAGCAACAGAAGCAGGAGCUACAUCAACAGCAGCAACAGUUGCAAGUGCAAUCCAGAGCCAGUGCAAGGAACCCAUUAAUCGGUCGUCAAUUAGCCUGCCCCAACAGGUGGUUGUUGGCGUUGACAUUGAAGACGCCCCCGUUGAUGUUGCAGUCGCCGCGACGCCACAAAUAGCAGCGACAUUGAGCGAAGUGUCGCACGAAGAGUCAUCGCCACAGCAACAACAACAACAACAACAACAACAACAACAAGAGCAGCAACAACAACAAGAGCAACAACCGCCGAUAGUCGCUGCUACAAAAGACAACGCACAAGCGCAGCCCAGCAACAGUCUAGCCGCCAUGCCGGAGCUGAAAGUAGUUGCGGGUCCCGUGCAGCCCGUCAAGAUUGAGACGGUUGAGCAGCGGCACGAUGAAGCCGAUUUGGUGGUGGCCAAAAAGCGACCGCCGCAUCUCAAGAAACUGGUACGCAAGAGUUCCAUAGACAAGGGCAAGGAGAAGCUGACCCAGUCGACCGAUUCGGUCAAGCUGAACAACAUACUCAAGGAUAAGAACAAGAUCGGGGAUCUGGCGCAUCGUCUCAACAAGCAAACGCCGCCCAAGAAACAGAGCAAGCCAACCAAGGAGCAAGCGGAAGCAGCCACAGCCACAGAGCAGCAGCAGCAGGAAAAUGCGCAAGUUCCAGCAAUCACAAAUGAAGCGCAACUCGAGCUGCCGCUUGAAUCGGAAACGGAAGCAGACAAGGAGGCAGCGGAAGCUGCCACAGCGCCAGCAGCUAAAAAGCCGCGUCAGAUCAAGAAGAAGGUGAUCAUCAAGCGACAAAAGCGACGACUCUCCAUUGGCGACACAUUCUUCAUGCAGCAGGAGCCGGAGCCGGAGCCCAAGCUGGACGAGAUUGAGACCAUCGAGAAGGCCAUUGCCUAUGUGACCGAUGAUGAGGCGGACGACGAGCCGGAGCCGCUGGAAACGGAGCCACCGAAGCCGCUGAAAUCCUGCCUGCAUGUGCGCGAAUAUAAAAUAGGCGACUUGGUGCUCUAUGCUGAACGCUAUCGCAAGACCCAGGUGCGCUGGAAGCGUGGACGCAUCCUGGAGCGCAUCACCAGCAUUUCGUAUAAGCUCGACAUCGAGGGCAAAGAGGUGCCCGCCCACAUAAGCUACAUCAAGAAGUACACGGGACGCAAGGUGAAAUUUGUGGGCAAAGAGUAUCUGGACAUUGACUACGAGCAGGUCGUGGAGGAGGAGCGACGAGCGCGCAGCUACAGCAUCUGGAAUAUGGUCUAAUCCAUAUAAUCACGCCCAAAUUGGAGCAGCAGUAAAUCUGUGUAAGUGUGUGUCCUCCGGAUUGUGUUCGUCGCCCCUUAACCCCCCAAGAGUUUUGAGUGGAAUUAGAAAAAUGUUCGUUGUUCAUACAACAAUGGAAUUUUUUUAAGGAUCUCAGGCAUGACAUUCAGUUAACUUAUAGUGUUUGUCUCUAGCUAGUUUAAUAGCCUGUAAAUAUAUGUAUAUGUAUGUAUUUGUUAGUUUAGCUCUAUAUAUCCUAGUGUUAGUUCUAAUUUUGUAUGUACGUAAAUUAUUCCAAGGAUUCAGCGACUCGUUCUACUGUUAUUGCUCGCUGCAAAGUAACGAGUGGCGAGUAACGAAUAACGAGUAACGAGUAGCGAGUAGCGAGCGUGUCGCUCAAAAGUAACGAAUUUGUUAUAAAAUUUCACGUUGCCUUUCGUUUAAAAGUUUAGUUUACCAUUUAAGCAAAAAACCAAAAGAUAUAAAAUUAUUAAAAAAAAAAAUACAAACAAAAACAAACAAUGAAAUCAAAUGUUAAAUAAAGAGAACCAAAUAUUUCAACUA